UUGGAGUUGCCCUGAGCAGAAGGAAGGAGAUAGAUAUCGAGGGUGUGACCCUACCGCUUCGUUCGUCUCCUUCCGUGGCGCGCCGCUGCCACAACCCGAGCGCCCCGCCGGGUAACCACUAGACCAUCUUCUCUAUUUAUUCUUCCCCGCCUCGGUUCUCUUCUUCUCAUCCCAACUCCACCGCUCAAACCAACCUGCAACUCUCAAGGCAGCGACUUUCCGCUAGUUUUUGACGCUGCAACCGAUGGACACCGCCGCCCCCGGCUCCCCGCGUGAGGGGCACAGGACGGUGUGCUCCGAGCCGCCCAAGAGGCUGGCAGGGCGGACCAAGUUCAAGGAGACGCGCCACCCGCUGUACCGCGGCGUGCGGCGGCGGGGCCGGCUCGGGCAGUGGGUGUGCGAGGUGCGCGUGCGCGGCGCGCAAGGGUACAGGCUCUGGCUCGGCACCUUCACCACUACCGAGAUGGCGGCGCGCGCGCACGACUCCGCCGUCCUCGCGCUCCUCGACCGCGCCGCUUGCCUCAACUUCGCCGACUCCGCCUGGCGGAUGCUGCCCGUCCUCGCGGCUGGCUCGUCCCGCUUCAGCAGCGCGCGGGAGAUCAAGGACGCCGUCGCCGUCGUGGAGUUCCAGCGGCAGCGGCCCGUCCUGUCCACGCCGGAGACGCACGACGGCGAAAAGGACGUCCAAGGCUCACCGACGCCGCGCGAGCUGUCCACGUCCAGCGACUUGUUGGACGAGCACUGGUUUGGCGGCAUGAACGCCGGCUCGUACUAUGCGAGCUUGGCGCAGGGGAUGCUCAUGGAGCCGCCGGCCGCCAGAGCGCGGAGCGAGGAUGGCGGCGAAUACAGCGGCGUCCAGACGCCGCUUUGGAACACUUAUCCGACUAAUUAAGCCAUGUACACUUUUAGAAACUACUCCUAGACUACUAGUGGUUGUGUUCGUCCAAAUAUGGGAAGAUACAGAGUAAGCAUCAGGAGCAAUUUUUCUUCCCGUAUUUGAGAGCUUCCGGUUUCUAUUUGCAGGGAUGAAGGACUGAAUUUGUCUAUAAACUAUAAAGACCAAAGAAAAAUGACCAUAUCUGGUAGCCUAGUACUCACAGGUGCACUGAAUCUCCAUGGACCGGAAUCAAAAUAUCUUAUGGCAACAUGGAGAAGAAAACGACAAAUGAAAAGGAUGUCGCUGUUGAGUGCUACAACUUGACAAAAAUAAUGGUUGUUGGACAGAUUAUAUGCCAAAGCAUACGAUUCAUUCUGGGUGUGAGUCUAAAAUAUUUCGAGUGUUAGAGUUGUGUCGACUAUGGUACUCCCUCCGUCC